AGCAUUGUAGUGUCCCUCUACUGUUGCAGCUUCACGGCUGUAGCUUGUUGCUCAUGGAGUCCAUGCCCUCCAAGUUGUUGGCCUCCCUCGCCCUCUUCCUCGCCACCUUAAACCUCAGUGCUGCCUGCGGUGGUGGCUGCGGUGGCGGAGGCGGAGGCGGAGGCGGCGGCGGCGGCGGCGGGGGAGGCAUUGUCCCAAUACUUCCUGCUCCUUCCCCGCCGAGCCCGUGCACCAGGCCUACCCCGACGCCGAGCCCCGGCAGUGGGGGCAGGUGCCCGCGCGACACGCUGAAACUGGGCGUCUGCGCCAAUGUGCUGAACGGGCUGAUCAACGCGACCGUGGCGGCGCCGCCGAGAGAGCCCUGCUGCCCUCUCAUCGACGGCCUGGCCGACCUGGAGGUGGCGGUGUGCCUGUGCACCGCCAUCAGAGCCAACAUCCUCGGCAUCCACCUCAACAUCCCCAUCGACCUCAGCCUCAUCGUCAACUUCUGUGGCAGAAACAUCCCCAGGGGCUUCCAGUGCAAUUAAUUCGAUGAUCACUAUCGUAAACUGCAUGCUAAUUGAAUUUAAUUUUCAGCAUCUACGAGCAUUUAAUAAUUAAUCUUGUCGUCCGUACGUCUUAGUCGAUCGUGUUGUAUCGUUGCUUAAAUUUGGCAUUUGGCAUCAUUGUUUUCGAAGCUUUCGUUUGCAUCUAUCUAUCAAUAAAUGCAUGGAUUUCAGAGUAA